UUCUGUCAAAUGGGCUAAAGGCGAGUUGGCUAGCUCAAAAUUUUUCGUUCGUUUCGUCGCUCUCGAAAAUCGAAAAUCAGAGGGGGGACAAGCUAUGUCAGAAGGGUCAGUUGAAGAGUAUCCGAUUUAAAGGCACUGAAACUGAAAACUAGAGAUGCUGGUCAUGGACGCGUUGUUUAACAGCCUGUUGGUGGUCAGUUCCGGCUAUGCGAUGUACACCCUUCACCCAAUUGAAACGCCCUAUGGCUAUGCAACAGCGGCCUUGAGCCUGGUCCACGGAAUUUUGGGGAUGGUGCGGGCGGCGAGCAACGACGAUGACGAGUGCAAUCGGGUGCGACUGAUUACGUCGGGCAUCAUGGAGAUAGUGCCGCUGCCCCUGACCAAUAUCGAGCUCUAUCUGAAGUCCACCAAUCCGGGCCUGGCGUUGGCCCACUCCUGUUUUGUGGUGCCAUUAUUCUACGAUAUGUUGGCCAAGGUGCGUGACACCGAGGACACCUCCACGGAGACCCUGAAGGAACUCACACUGGUGGGCAACGUUGUGUCCCUGCUCUUUCUGGGCGUCAACGAGUCCAGCAAUGUGUACGGCGCCAUGGCUGCCAUCGCUUUUGGAGCUCGCUACGCUUCCGCUUUCCUCGACUACUACUGGAAGGGACUAGGUGCCGAGUUCACCCUGCUGGCCCACUCCAUGUUUGUCCUACUGAUGACCAUGACCCUUUCGGCGAAAUGAAGACCACUAGACCUCCCAGAAGAUAACCUAUCCGCAUCCAAGGCCAGCGGUUAGCGCCAGCACUCGACCUCCAUCAUCCAAAGAUCCAGAGAGAUCCAGCUGGGGAUAACAUUUUAGCUUCAAUUUACAACGUCAGCGGCGAGCCCCAAAUGAGCCAAAUGAGCUGAUCCCCAUUCAAAACCAAAAAAAAAAUAAAUAAAUAAAAGGAACUGAAUAAAAGGCUUGAGUUAAGAU